AUGUUGAUGUUGAUGUCGAUGUCGAUUUUGGUGGAGAAGGUGAUGAUGAAGAUGAAGAUGUCGAUAGUGGUGGAGGUUAAUGAUGAUAUUGAUGUUAAUGAUGUUGGAGAAGACAACGAUGUUGAUGAUGAAGAUUUUCAUGAUGACGUCGAUUGUGGUGGAGAAGAUUAUGUUGAUAGUGGUGGAGAUAAUGAAGAUGUUCAUGAUUAUGAUGAUGCUAAUAGUUGUGAAGAAGAUAAUGAUGAUGGAGAAGAUGACGAAGAUUAUGUUGAUGUUAAUGGUGUUGGAGAUGUUGAUGGAUGUGAAGAUGAUGUUUAUCAUAAUGAUGAUGUUGAUUGUGGUGAAGAUAAAGAUGAAGAUGUCGAUAGUGGUGGAGAUAAUGAUGAUGGAGAUGAUGAUGAAGAUGUUGAAGAUGUUGAUGAUGAUUGUGAAGAUGAUUGUGAAGAUGUUCAUGAUGAUGUCAAUUGUGGUGAAGGUGAUGAUGUUGCUUGUGAAGAUUGUGGCAAUAAAUGUUGUUAUGGGGAUGGAGCAGAUGAUGUUAACGAUUGUGAAGAUGUUGGAGAUGUUGAUAGUGAUGGAAAUGAUCUUGAUGAUGAUGUUGGAGAAGAUGUUGAUAUUGAUGAUGUUUAUGAUGAUAAUGAUGAAGAUAAAGGUUAUGUUGAUAGUGACAAUAUAAUGAUGAUUUCGAUUGGUGGAGAUGGUGAUGGUGAUUGUGGAGACAAUCUUGGUGAUUAUUGUGAUGCUGAAAGUGAGGGUGAAGAUAAUCAAGGCAUUGAUAUUGGUGAUGGUGAUUGUGAAGAUGUUAAUGAUGAAGAUGAUGAAGAUUUUUAUAAUGAUGGAAAUGAUGUUGAUGGGGUUGGUGAAGAUGUUGAUCAUUAUGAUAAUGCUAAUAGUUGUGAAGAUGAUGAUGAUCAUAAUGAUGAAGAUUAUGUUGAUGUCGAUGUCGAUAGUGGUGGAGAUGUUAAUGAUUGUGAAGAUGUUGGAGAUAUUGAUAGUGAUGGAAAUGAUCUUGAUGUUUAA